UGUUGUCAAACAUGUGUCGUUAUUGACCGAGCCGAUAGUGUGACGGUUUUCCAGAAGAUGCUUCAACAUUUUGUCUAUAGGAAAAUACACACGACAAGCACCAAAUUAUCUAUUCUUCCACAAACAAACUUGCGAUUGUGCUAAAUUACGUAAACUAAGUACAUAUUCCCAACUUUCUACUAAAAUAAUUUUAUUAUGAAGAACCACAGCAAUAAAAAUGACAUUUCUACAUUUCAACUGUUGACGUAUAACACUGUCAAAUGUCAAAAAUUUAUCUUUUUCUAGCACACAUUUUUGGUCAGCUUCUAUCUUUGUUUAACAACACGCGCAUGCGCUAUUAGAUAGUAAUCUAUGUUGGAUUUGUUCAAAAUCUGAAACCUCAAUCAUCAACCAUCAACAACUUUUGGAAGUUUUGAUUAAAACAAGUGUUUUCUAUAGAUAAUAAUAAAUUAUUAGAAGCAACAUGACUUUGCCGGAUAAAUUCCUAGUCGCCUUAAGCGAACUAAGACAAAUACAAAAGCGAAGACUUAAAAAUAAGAUGGAAGCAAGAGAAAUUAUUGCGGACGGCAAAAUUAUAGCCAGAACCGAAAACGCCGUGCAAGAAUAUAAAGGAACUGUUGUAAUUGAAAAUAAUUUUUUAUUUCAUGAAAAUUCGAAUAACGUGAAGUCGGGAAUAAUCCACCAAAGUCAGGUAACGGUGUGCUACGUUAAGAACGUCACGAUUGAAUUCGAACUAAAUGAUGGAUCUGUAUAUAAUAACUAUUCCUUACAACUUAAUUCGAUUGAUGAAGUAAACAAAGUCCUGACAAAAAUGAAACCUUUGCCUCUGUCAAGACCAAAUACAUACCCAAAUGAUGGAAAUGUGACUAGUUCUGACACCGAUUCGGACGAUUCGGGGGCCGAGAAGACGACAGGCGUAAACAAUUCCUUCGAUUCAGACACACCGUCAGUUAACAAUGAUGAAUGACGAGUCUGUGAAAUAGAAAAAAGUUAUCAAAAUUUUUCAACCGGGAAACGUGUAUAUUGUACAAUACUUAAAAACUAAAUAUAAUAGGAUAAAUAUAAGAAAUGUGUAAACAUAAUUAAAUUUUGUUAAAUUAAAUAAAAUAAAACUUUUAAAUUAUAA